AUGGAACUGAGAUAUGAGGCCAUGGAACUGAAAUAUGAGGACAUGGAACUGAGAUAUGACGCCAUGGAACUGAGGUAUGAGGACACGGAACUGAGAUAUGAGGACAUGGAACGGAGAUAUGAAGACAUGGAACUGAGAUAUGAGGCCAUGGAACUGAGGUAUGAGGACAUGGAACUGAGAUAUGAGGACAUGGAACUGAGAUAUGAGGACAUGGAACUGAGAUAUGACGCCAUGGAACUGAGAUAUGACGCCAUGGAACUGAGAAAGGUGCACACGAGUCACAGAUAUUUUGGGACGCCAAGUUGGCUUCUUCCUGAAUCCAAUAACAAUUCUGGCAAGCGGAACGAUGCCUCAGAGAGAAAGAAAAGCGGAACCACGCCAGUUUCUGGCGACCAUAACAGGACAGGUGUCAGAAACAUUUACCUUUUGAAAUUGGAGGAACCCGCAGCACAGACCAUAAAUACCAGAACUCCUGCGCUGCGUCAGAUGUCAAACAUUAACCUUCGACCAAAGUUAGUACAACGUCAUCACCAGAGGACACAAGAGGACCCCAAGCAUCACCAGAGGACACAAGAGGACCACAAGCAUCACCAGAGGACACAAGAGGACAACAAGCAUCACCAGAGGACACAAGAGGACCCCCAAGCAUCACCAGAGGACACAAGAGGACCCCAAGCAUCACCAGAGGACACAAGAGGACAACAAGCAUCACCAGAGGACACAAGAGGACCCCCAAGCAUCACCAGAGGACACAAGAGGACUACAAGCAUCACCAGAGGACACAAGAGGACCACAAGCAUCACCAGAGGACACAAGAGGACCCCAAGCAUCACCAGAGGACACAAGAGGACAACAAGCAUCACCAGAGGACACAAGAGGACCCCAAGCAUCACCAGAGGACACAAGAGGACUACAAGCAUCACCAGAGGACACAAGAGGACCACAAGCAUCACCAGAGGACACAAGAGGACCACAAGCAUCACCAGAGGACAACAAGCAUCACCAGAGGACACAAGAGGACCCCAAGCAUCACCAGAGGACAUAAGAGGACUACAAGCAUCACCAGAGGACACAAGAGGACAACAAGCAUCACCAGAGGACACAAGAGGACCCCAAGCAUCACCAGAGGACACAAGAGGACCCCAAGCAUCACCAGAGGACAUAAGAGGACUACAAGCAUCACCAGAGGACACAAGAGGACAACAAGCAUCACCAGAGGACACAAGAGGACCCCAAGCAUCACCAGAGGACACAAGAGGACUACAAGCAUCACCAGAGGACACAAGAGGACCACAAGCAUCACCAGAGGACAACAAGCAUCACCAGAGGACACAAGAGGACCCCAAGCAUCACCAGAGGACACAAGAGGACCUCAAGCAUCACCAGAGGACACAAGAGGACUACAAGCAUCACCAGAGGACACAAGAGGACCACAGGCAUCACCAGAGGACACAAGAGGACAACAAGCAUCACCAGAGGACACAAGAGGACCCCAAGCAUCACCAGAGGACACAAGAGGACUACAAGCAUCACCAGAGGACACAAGAGGACCACAGGCAUCACCAGAGGACACAAGAGGACAACAAGCAUCACCAGAGGACACAAGAGGACUACAAGCAUCACCAGAGGACACAAGAGGACCCCAAGCAUCACCAGAGGACACAAGAGGACUACAAGCAUCACCAGAGGACACAAGAGGACCACAGGCAUCACCAGAGGACACAAGAGGACAACAAGCAUCACCAGAGGACAACAAGCAUCACCAGAGGACACAAGAGGACCUCAAGCAUCACCAGAGGACACAAGAGGACCUCAAGCAUCACCAGAGGACACAAGAGGACCACAAGCAUCACCAGAGGACACAAGAGGACCACAAGCAUCACCAGAGGACACAAGAGGACCACAGGCAUCACCAGAGGACACAAGAGGACCUCAAGCAUCACCAGAGGACACAAGAGGACCUCAAGCAUCACCAGAGGACACAAGAGGACCUCAAGCAUCACCAGAGGACACAAGAGGACCUCAAGCAUCACCAGAGGACACAAGAGGACCACAAGCAUCACCAGAGGACACAAGAGGACCACAAGCAUCACCAGAGGACACAAGAGGACCACAGGCAUCACCAGAGGACACAAGAGGACAACAAGCAUCACCAGAGGACAACAAGCAUCACCAGAGGACACAAGAGGACCUCAAGCAUCACCAGAGGACACAAGAGGACCUCAAGCAUCACCAGAGGACACAAGAGGACCUCAAGCAUCACCAGAGGACACAAGAGGACCACAAGCAUCACCAGAGGACACAAGAGGACAACAAGCAUCACCAGAGGACACAAGAGGACCUCAAGCAUCACCAGAGGACACAAGAGGACCUCAAGCAUCACCAGAGGACACAAGAGGACCACAAGCAUCACCAGAGGACACAAGAGGACCACAGGCAUCACCAGAGGACACAAGAGGACAACAAGCAUCACCAGAGGACAACAAGCAUCACCAGAGGACACAAGAGGACCUCAAGCAUCACCAGAGGACACAAGAGGAUCUCAAGCAUCACCAGAGGACACAAGAGGACCACAAGCAUCACCAGAGGACACAAGAGGACCACAAGCAUCACCAGAGGACACAAGAGGACCACAGGCAUCACCAGAGGACACAAGAGGACAACAAGCAUCACCAGAGGACAACAAGCAUCACCAGAGGACACAAGAGGACCCCAAGCAUCACCAGAGGACACAAGAGGACCUCAAGCAUCACCAGAGGACACAAGAGGACAACAAGCAUCACCAGAGGACAACAAGCAUCACCAGAGGACACAAGAGGACCACAAGUAUCACCAGAGGACACAAGAGGACCACAAGCAUCACCAGAGGACACAAGAGGACCACAAGCAUCACCAGAGGACACAAGAGGACCACAAGCAUCACCAGAGGACACAAGAGGACCACAAGCAUCACCAGAGGACACAAGAGGACCACAGGCAUCACCAGAGGACACAAGAGGACAACAAGCAUCACCAGAGGACACAAGAGGACAACAAGCAUCACCAGAGGACACAAGAGGACAACAAUUAAGAACAGAAAAAUACAAACGGACAAAAAGCUGUGUAAAGUGGAGACUAAGAAUCCAGAACAGCACCGCCGCCAUUAUCCUAUAA